AAGGCCGUCGAAACUACAGUUCCCAGCAUGCAGCGCCGCCCCCAGUUUCUGGAGCCCCGCUGGACCCUGCUUCGGAGAGACCUUUUGGACUCCAGAGGGCGGGUCCUGGAGUCCACGUUCCCUUGGGGGCACGUGUCUGCAGGGCAGUGCUGGCCCGUCCGGCCUGUCCAGACGAAGCAUCGAAGGAAUGGGUUGGGACCUGGGCCGGGCUUUGCUCAGGCAGCGUUUGAGGCAGCCCCAACGGGGUCCUCCUGGGACUUUCCUCCCUUUGAACUGCGGUGGCGGGCGGGCUUCCCGUCGCCUGCUCCCCGCAGAGCAGGGGCCGCCAUCACCAUGGCCACGGCUGUGAGUCGGCCUUGCGCCGGCGGGUCGCGGGAUAUUCUGUGGCGCGUCUUGGGCUGGAGGAUAGUCUCAAGCAUUGUCUGGUCAGUGCUGCUGCUCCCCAUCUGUACCACAGUGUUUAUCAUCCUCAGCAGCAUUGAUUUAUUUCAUCCUAUACAGUGGCUGUCUGAUUCCUUCAAUGAUCUAUACAGUUCCUAUGUAAUCUUUUACCUUCUGCUGCUGUCAGUGGUAAUAGUAAUAAUAAGUAUUUUCAAUCUGGAAUUCUAUACAGUGGUGCCUUCCGUUCCCUGCUCCAGGCUGGCUCUGAUCGGGAAGAUCCUCCAUCCUCAGCAGCUCGUGCACUCGUUUAUUCAUGCCGCCAUGGGAAUGAUGAUGGCCUGGUGCGCUGCUGUGAUAACCAGGGGUCGAUACAGUUUUCUUGUGGUUCCCUGCACUGGUGCUGAGAGUUUAGAGAACCAUUCUGCACAAACCUGCUUAAAUGAGUAUCACCUUUUUUUCCUACUGGCUGGAGCAUUUAUGGGCUAUAGCUAUAGCCUCCUGUAUUUUAUUAACAACAUGAACUAUCUUCCGUUUCCCAUCAUACAGCAGUACAAGUUCUUGCGCUUUAGGAGAUCUCUGCUCUUACUAGUUAAGCAUAGUUGUGUGGAGUCACUGUUCCUGAUUAGAAAUUUCUGCAUUGUGUAUUAUUUUCUUGGCCAUAUUCCCAAAGCUUGGAUUGGCACUGCUAUGGACCUUCGCAUAGAUGAGCAGUUUCACAGGCCUCUUGACACUGUGAGUGGCCUCUUGAAUCUCUCCUUACUCUACCAUGUCUGGUUAUGUGGUGUCUUUCUCCUGAUGACUUGGUACAGCUCCUGGAUACUCUUCAAAAUCUAUGCCACAGAGGCUCAUCUGUUUCCUGUUCAACCACCAUUUGCAGAAGAGUCAGAUGAAUGCCUCCCGAAAGUUUUAAACAGCAAUCCUCCCCUCAUCAUAAAGUAUUUGGCCUUGCAGGACCUGAUGUUGCUUUCUCAGUAUUCUCCCUCACGAAGACAAGAAGUUUUCAGCCUUAGCCAACCAGGUGGACACCCCCACAACUGGACAGCCAUUUCACGGGAGUGCUUGAAUCUUUUAAAUGAUAUGACUCAGAAACUUGUUCUCUACCAAGAAGCUGCUGCUACGAAUGGGAGGGUGCUGUCUUCCUCAUACCCAGUGGAAAGUAAGAAAUUGAAUUGUCCAGAAGAAACUACUUUUCAGACCCCGACAUCUAACCAGAUGCCUCGGCCUUCAGUGCCACCAUUAGUUAGGACAUCACUGUUUUCCUCAAAAUUAUCUACGCCUGACGUUGCAAGUCCUCUUGGAAGCCCAUUUGGCUCUGGUGUAAUGAAUCGGAUGGCUGGAAUUUUUGAUGUGAACACCUGCUAUGGGUCACCUCAAAGUCCUCAGCUAGUAAGAAGAGGGCCAAGAUUAUGGACUUCUGCUUCUGAUCAGCAAAUGACUGAAUUUUCUAAUCCUCCAUCUACCACUGUUAGUGCUGAGGGUAAGACAGUGAGACAGCCCAGUGGGAUUUAUUCAUGGAUUCAGAAUAAACGUGAACAGAUUAAGAAUUUCUUGUCAAAACGGGUGCUGAUAAUGUAUUUUUUCAGUAAGCACCCAGAGGCCUCCAUUCAGGCUGUUUUUUCGGAUGCCCAAAUGCAUAUUUGGGCAUUAGAAGGUCUGUCUCACUUGGUAGCAGCAUCAUUUACAGAAGAUAGAUUUGGAGUGGUCCAGACGACACUACCAGCUAUUCUUAGUACUUUGUUGACGCUGCAAGAGGCAGUUGACAAGUACUUCAAGCUUCCUCAUGCUUCCAGUAAACCACCUCGGAUCUCAGGAAGCCUUGUGGACACCUCUUACAAAACAUUGAGAUUUGCCUUUAGAGCGUCACUAAAAACUGCCAUCUAUCGAAUAACUACUACAUUUGGUGAACAUCUCAAUGCUGUGCAAGCAUCUGCAGAACAUCAGAAAAGACUUCAACAGUUCUUGGAGUUCAAAGAAUAGUUAAGUAAUAUAAACUGUGUUCAUUACACUGCUGAUACAACUACAGAUGGGACGGUAAAUGUUCAGCAUUCUUGCAUCAGAAGAAAAUGGACUAAUUAGAUGCUUCCUUUGUCGUGGCGGUUGCUUUGAAAACUAUACUUUAAUGGGAGAAAUCAUGGGAAGAAAUUCUCAACGGAAUAACUAAAAACUGCCUUUUCUGUACCGAUUGCUUUUUGUAUGUGUGGUAUAAUAAAAUCUUUAUUCAAUUUUACAGAAGCGUCUGUGGCAGUGGACGUGUCUCUAGCUUAUAUAGAUUAAUAAGAAUAACUAGAGAAUUUUUAGAAUUUACUUUUGAGAGGAGUAGAGCCAGUUCAGAAGGUAAAACCGGGUUGACUUGAUCCCGUCUUCCUUCCUAAUCAUUCUGAGAGGUUAGCUCUUUGGAAACUCGCAAUACAUAAACUUUUUAAGAGUAGUUUCUGUUGACUGAAGUAUAAAAAUGGUAACAGUGGAGAAAAAUUCACAGAAAAAAUAUUGUCUAAAGCACAUGUUUUGUUAAUCUGUUAGGUUGUGCUUUUGUUUCCAGGGACAAAUUAAAUUUGCAUGAUUGUCCAAAAAAGGUCUCAAUUUACAGAAUGCCAACUCUAUAUAAAGGAAUGUGGAAAAAUUCAGUUCUUAAGUUACAAGAUUAAACAAGCACAUUUGGUUUUUGAAAGACGAUUGACUGACGUCCAUGAAUUUAUUUCGCAUCAUGCUAGUAAACAGUAAGUGUAUGCGUAUUUUCCCCACUAGUUUUGCUUUCUUUUUCUGGAACAAAACAUUAAGUGAUUUGCAGAGUUUUUCAAGUGAGAGAAAAGGUUUUGCAAGAAAAAACAGGAGACUUUCCCUUUUUCCCCACUCUGCAUCUUCAUUAGAUCAGAUUAUUUUGCAAAGUUUGUUUUCACAGACUUUCACAGAGGAGCAGCUUUUUUUGUGUUAACUGGCUAAUUAAAAUAUAUUAGGAAAAUCUUUAAGCCAGAGACAACUCAGUCAUCCAAUAGCUAGUGAAACCAGAACUUCAGGGGUCGCUGUGCUUGGUUGCGUUGUCUGUCCCACACUGAGCAUGAGGAUUUUCUAAUUUAUUGGAUCAGCUUCUUUGCAGAUGAAAAAUGCUCAGUCCUGCUGGUGGAUAUUCACUGGACUAGCUUGGACUGAAAUGCUCCCUUGGAGUUCUUUUCCUAUUAUCUUUUCCCUCUAGUGUCCUGAAAUGUUUUCUUUAAAGUCAAGCACAGUGUUGUAUAUGAAUCUUUAAUGUGGUAUAUAUGUCUGCCAUUGUCUGAUUGCUUAUGUAUUAUGUCUUUAUUCCCUUUAUUUGUUGCCCCUUCAACCAGCACAUGCCAAAUUUUAAGUGAAUCCUGCUGGCCUUUAAAGUGUCUUUAUGAGACAGUUCCCCAGUUGUCAACUGUUUGGAGCAUUUAGGCUGUUGCCAUUGCUUUUCCGUGUAUGUGUCUGAAGUGGAGUGGGUCUCUUUUUUGCAUAAGAAAGUUGAAUUUUGAAUGUGGUUACUUACAGAUGACCAGAAGAUUGUGGCUGGGUUGGCUGAGAACUGUUGAGUUCCAUGUUUUAAAGCCAUUGAGCUUUUUGUAUUCCAUUCUCUGAGGGAAAAGGAUUCUUAACCUUCUGCUUCCAUUAAAGAAGAAUUGUGGUAUUUAACCCAUUGGAUUCCUGAGACUGAUGAUGGGAUGACCCUUUAAACUUUGAUUUACUUGGAUACAAUGUCUGGCUAGGUUUAAGUUUUUGCAUUUCCCAUAUACUUGGGGCAAAGGUAUGUUUGAUGAGCAAUGUGAAGAUUUCUGAGGUGUUCGUCCCUAUUUUCUCUCAAGAGAAUGAACUGUGUACCAAAUACAGGUCACAUAAUGUCUGCCUGGUAGAGAUUUGGAAAAUGCCUCCCCACAUCUGGAUUGUGUGUUUAGUAGAUAAGGGAGUCAGUUCCUUUGCCCACUGUAUGUUGCUAAUCUACACAGCGUCUUUUGGGGUGUGGUAUGGCUCAAUCACCUGUUCUUACAGAGAGCUCCUUCUCCUGUGUCCAAGGAGGGGGUCUUAGGAAUGCCGAGAGGAGAGAAGCCUUUCCUUUGAUGAAGUCACAUCCCGCCUAUGAGCUCACCGAUGCUGUAACAUUGGCCUGAAGAUUAGAGUGUUCUUUAAAAGCUUUUCUCUGUCAGGACAAAACAUGAUUCUGUCAGCUCUUGUAAUCUUUGCUUGACCCUUAUGGAGGGUGUAAACCACAUAACUUCUUUCCUGGAGGACUAGGAUUCGGUCCUAGAGUAAACCUUGUACAGUUGAGCGGACGUGGAUGAGCAGCUGUUUCUUAGUUUGCUGGAUUUGUUCCUCAGUAGUUGUUUUGUGUGUCUUUCUGUAAAUAUGGUAAUCCAUUUAUAUCCUUUUGUAUAUCACUGACACUGAAUUGGGUAGAAAAAUAAAAUCGACAGUUUUUCAAAAUGGGACUGUUAAUUGAAA